GCGCCUCCUCCUUUGAAAAACACUGCCUAAUUGUAUGUAGCCAAAAAAAAAAAAACAAAAAAAACAAACAAACGCUGAGUUUUCGUGCCGACGUCUGGAGCGCCGAUUUAGGGCCAGUCUGUUUUUCCUGGCCCCGCGCUAACCUGGCCCCAUCACGCGGCCCUAGCUCAGACCCGCACACUAAACCUAGGGCCUCCAUUCUCAAGCCGCCUGAAAACACCCUUUCCACCGCUCAACAUCCAAUGUCGGCGUGGAAGCAAGUCGAAGAUGACCAGGGCCGUGUAUACUACUACAAUCCUGACACCCAGGAGACCAGCUGGGAAAACCCCGAGGCUCUGCUGGCUAGUAUAUGGACAACAUAUACCACAGAGGACGGGAAGGAAUACUACUACAACGAAACCACAGGCGAGACCACGUGGGAAAAGCCAGCCGAACUAGAAGCCCCCAAGGAGGCAGCGGGGGCACAAGGCUCGGAGCUGCAAGAUGGCGCCGAGCCCAGCGGCGCCGACAAGGACGAGAAAACGCUGGAUUUGGAUCGCAAGUUGGCCCUGGAGCCGCUUCUCAGGAGCACGUUGGUGAACCUCGCGCCGGCGGACCCGGCGGAAAGCCGCCGCAGUUUCCAGGCCAUGUUGGAAGAAGGCGGCGUGGACUCGACGUGGUCGUUUGAAAAGGUGAUCCGGACAUUCAUCAAAAACAAGACCUACUGGGCCGUGGACGAUGCCGUGGAGAGGCGGGCCUUGUACGAGGACUACCUCGUGAACAAGCUCCAGCGUGAGUCGUCCAGCAAGUCCGGCUUGAUCGAGGAGUUCAAGAAGAACUUUCUGCGCGAGAUCCACCGGUACUUGUCUGAGGGCAAGGUCACGGCGCACACACGGUGGGUUUCUGCCAAGCGCCUCUUGACCAAGGACCAGAACCCUGUGUUCGAGCACUCGAUCUUGCCGGACGGCGAGCUCGAAAAGCUCUAUGACGAGUGCACGGACAAGAUCCGCUCGCAGCAGAAACAGGACCUCCAGAAACAGAAGGACCAGGCGCUCGGCGAGCUCGAGGCGUACCUCUUGCAGAUCACGUCGGGCGCCGGAAACGAGGCCCAGACCUGGGACCAGUUGUACGCCCGGCUCCAGACGGACGCGCGCUUCAAGGCCAACAGGCAUUUCCAGGUGCUCACCAAGCUCGACAUCUUGCAGCUCUACGCCACCAAAAUAUACCCCGUGCUCGCCGGCAGGCUCCGGGCCCAGCUCGCCGGCUUGGAGAAAAAGAACCUUCGCUCCGACAGGCAUGCGCGGGACGCGUACAAGGCCUUGCUCCGGACCAAGCCCAUCACGGCCAACACGCAGUUCAAACGCGUCUUGCCGCAGCUCGAGAACGAGGACGCGUUCAUCGAGCUUUGCGGCCGCAACGGGUCGACGCCGCUCGAGCUAUUCUGGGACAUUGUGGAGGACUUGAGGCAGCUCCAGAAGGUCAAGAAAGAUCUCAUUGAACACAGCUUGCGCGCGCACAUCGGCCUGACUCCGGGCUCCUUGGACUACGAGGAUACGCUUGCUACUCUUGCCCAGUUCAUGUCGGCCUUGGGGCUGGUCAAGGACGAGAGGCUCGCGGACGUCGAUCUAUGCUCCGAGAAGGGCAAGAACGAGUUGGCCCUGAUCUACGAGACCUUGAACAGCGAGCUCCAGGCGCAGAAACACGCCGAGCAGGCCGUCUUGGCCCGCAAAACAAACACACGCGUCCACGCCUUGGCCGAGUGGAUCUGCUCCCAUCGCGAGGCCAUUGACGGCUCGCUUUUGGCAUGGGAGAAGCCGGCCGAAAAGCCCUGCGAGGCGUCUUCUUCCACCAACAGUGAGGGCGGGGAGUCGACGAGCGCACCCGCGGUCAUUUGCAUAAGCGACAGGGACGCAGAGGUCAAAACCGGCCGUGUCGACCCGGCGCUUUGGCGGGAGAAAAUGGCCGGCGUGGACGUGUUCGAUGCGCUCCGCACGACAUUGGACCGCCACUAUACGAAGACCCCGGAAAAGGCAGAACAGGCUCUCCUGGACGCGUUGGCCCAGUGCUUGAAAGAGGUGGCCGCUUUGCUCACUAACAGCCUUACCAGAAAACGGACCGCGGCAGCACCCUCGGCCCAGGAGUCCAAGAGGGCCAGGCCCGAGGGAGAAAAAAAACCCGUGCUCAUGAAUUAUUAGACCAUGCCGAGCGAGGCGGAAUACGCCCGAGUCGCGCUUCGCCGAGGGCCAUAUUCAGCAGAGGCAGCCGGAAAAAAAAAACACACACACACACACUUUGCAUGGCCAACUGGCCUGGUGGGGGGCCCGUUCCUGCUUUUCAUGCUUCCCGGACUUCGGGGCGCAAUUCAGGGACUCUUUCCGAGGCUCCAAUAUAUUGGCCUAUGUCCGCACCUCAGCCCUGCUGGAGCAAUGCCUGGGUGCGCGGACCUGCACUGGGCGCUCCACCCAUAAUCACCAACCCACGGCCCCGGUACUUCCUUCCUAGCCUCCUUGCCAACAGUCCC